UCUUGUGAAGAUUCAUCAGAUCUAGAGAUUAUUAUUAACUUGACUGUAAAAACAGAAUAAACCUAUUGCCAGACCCAGAAUAUAAUAAACAUAUGCAAUGAGUUCUGCAAGUGGUCACAUCAAACAAUUUUUUAACAAUCUUCAUGCUCUGCUCCAGGAUGGCCCAGUGUCACACGACGACGCUCAGCUAUCAGCCCUUAUUGGGUCUUCUGUUCUUCUGCAAACGAUUGUGCAGCACACUGGGCUUCAUAAUUUUAUUCAGUCGAGCUCUCAAGUUAGGUAUUCUGAAGGCUUUUAUAUGCUCAAAAGAAGCUUAAAGCGAAAGAAUACUAGCAUUAGAUCUGUGUCGUACUCCAGCUCUUCUGUCUUGAAAGCCGUUACAUCUGAGGAAAAAAGUAAUGAAGGGCCAGUAAUUUCUAACAAAGAAUCAAGUUCUAAAAUUGACUCGGUUAGCUUAGGUGCCACCAGAAGAAAUUCUGCUGUCGAUGUUGCGUCAACGAGCGAUGCAGUCUGUGAGAAUUAUGGACACGCGUCGUCUCCAAAUGGAUUUGUCAUGAAAUUGCCUGCUUUUGGUGCCAACGCCGAAUUGGCGCAGGGUUUUUCACCACUUGCUUGGGAUGUUCGACCUUCUCUUGUCACCUCUUCCAAAGAGUCAGCAGCCGAAAAUAAUGGCAAAAAUUACCCUCAAAUGACAGGCGAUUUACAUGUGAAUGUGAAAUUACCUGCUCGAAGUACAUCUGGGAAUUCGAUAUCAGGUCCAUAUCAUUCCAAUUCUCCGCUUCAAAACAGCGAGUCUCUGAAGAUAAGUUCUUUAUCUAAGCGUAAAGUUCUGCUGCCUACUGUAGAGCCUGAUGUGCAUCGCGCUCGUGUAGUUGAUCACAAUAACGAUGGGUUGUCUUUGAGCGAUGCAGUCAAAUCUUCUCCUGGUGUAAAGACUAACUUACUUGGGAAACGUGAGAGUGCAAGAGCCUCAAAAAUCAUAGAAACGGCUGUCUAUCCCCCGGUGGACGAAACUGUUUACUUUGACCUUGUCGACAGUUCGGUAUUUGACGGAUCCCUUCCUUCGGAUGACUCGAAGGAUCUAUCAUCACGAUCAAAUUGCUUUGCCUCCAUCGAUGCUUCUGCAAGUGACUUGGAAUCGCAGUCACUAUCGACGUCUCAGCCACUGAUUAGCUGCAAUGUUGAGCUUAGUAAUCAGAACGAGCUUGACGAUUCCCAAGAACCUUCAUUGCCUUCAGUGCGCAAACCUAGCAAGUGCAACCUCUCUCUGUCCAGCAUUGUUUGUUACCGACGAUCCAACCCCUUUGAUGGACUUUCGAGCCUCAUGAAAGAUUCUGAGGCUGAUGAUUUGGAACUUGCCAGAUCUAACAAUUCAGAUUUUCACAGCAAUGAAGUACUCCGUGAAGCUUCAGAUAUGAACAGCGAUGCCACAACGUUCAAUAUCAAACCACACAUGGAGCACGAAGAGCACAGCCGUGACAGCGACGCGUCUCGUUUGGAUGAACUUAAAGCGGAGCUUCGUUUGGUCAUCGCGCAGAAUAAGGAAAGACGUACCAAUAUUGUCGUGGGGCGGCCUCAAGCGGUUAGCACUCCGUUGGUACCAAGCAAUACUCCCGUCGUGUACGAUCGCUCUCACCAGGAUGUUUUUACGUUCCCUUCAUUGACGGAGUCUGAUUUCAACCAAGCUGCCAUAUUAGAUGAAGACAAUGAAGCAUCUGAGUUCACGUAUUUAUCUCCGUGCCCAAACAUGUUAACUGAACCUGCUGGAAACACGAAGAUUGUUCCCGAAGAUCCCCUAAAUGAUAAGCACGUGUCAUCAGGAGCCGAUAGCGUCGAACUUCCAUGCGCGGCUCCUAACUCUCCCGGUGGAUGUGGUGAUACAAACCCGGAACUCUGUUAUCCAGUACUAAGCGUUUGUCCACCUACACCUCAGUCCGAAGAACCUUGCCUGCAUGAUCAUGCCCCUGAGCCCUUUAUUGCACAGGGAGGAAUUGAUGCCAAUGAAAAGUUGGCUGCUGUGAUAGAUGAAGACCUUUCUGGAGCAAUCACAAACCAAGGCCUCCAGAACAACCAGGAAACAACUGAAAUAAUUCAACGCCAUUCUGAACUUCCUCAAAUUUCGACAACUGAAGUUCAUGGAAAAUUGUAUCCAACUCCAAAGUUAAGUUCCUCAACUUGUAACUUUUUACCAGAUGAUCAUAGAAGUUUGGAUGAACACAUGACUUUUCCACGUAGGUUUACCACAUUUCCUAGAAUGCCUCAUCGCGCAAAUAUAUUAGAGAAGGCAAAUUCUGCGUUGCAUCGUUUUCACACACCUAAUUUGUUGGACGGCUACGUAUUUAUUGGUGGAUCGGAGUUAAAUGAGUCUCCUGAGCUUAUGUCCAAGGCUAGUAACGAUUCAGUCGUCGAUUCAUCAAUUUCCACUGCCAACUCAGACUUAAAUUACCGCCACGAAACUUCAUUGGCAAAAUCUUACAAAGAAGAAGAGAAUUCUUCAAUUUCUAUUAGUAUUUUGGAGCGUCGCGACCGACCCGAAGCAUCAUAUACUGAAAUUACAGAGUGUUUUUCAGUACAAGACCAAACGAGAGAUAGUUCUUUGCGUUGCCGGAGUUCUUCAAGCACGACUGCGCAAGCUGGAUCUGAAACCUCUGCAGAUACGAUGGUGCCCGCUGUUAAUACAGAUAAUGACUCCAAGAUUGAUGAAUCAGGAUGUUCUGAAAAAUUCAAUUAUUCUAACGUUGAUCCGGUUGUUGCAUUAGCUCGUUGUUCUCAAUCGAGUAGCUCUUGUGAAGUUGAUAAACCUCAAAAACUAGUAAGCGCGUGCAUAUCCCAACCAGCAAUAAACGUUGCGCGGGAACCUAACAGUAUUGCUGUCAAAGCUACAAAAGAAGAAGGGGAACCUUUCCAAAUUAUUGCCGACUCUACAAGCGCAGGAAGAAAUAUGCCUACACACUUAGGAGCAUGCGAAAGUGAGGUCAUGGAGGCAUGGCCUCAUAACAAGAUGAAAUCGAGCCUGAAGAAGCCUCUUGAACUAUUGACCGCUGAACAAGGGAAGGAACUUCCUGUCGGGUUCGGCGAUGCUGCUCGAGAUGCAGGACUUGCGUCAUUUCAUUUUAUGCAAGACCAUCGAUCAGAACCUCCGAUGAUAUCUGCGUCGCCUCGCCCCAGUCCUGGCUACCCGUACGCUCUGGAGCCUAUUCCUGAGAUGCCUGAUGACGAGCAAUCUUCUCAUGCCACCCGCAUUGUGGCCACGGAACAUUUCCAGGAAACGUGUCAUUCCUUGGUGCAUUGUCGCCACCUGCGCGACGAGAACUCAAGUCUCAAGAGUGAGAAUUCUCGGCUCAGGGAACUGGUAAUGGAUUUGAAGACGCGCCCAAUUGUAACUGAUGAUCAGCUUGCGCAAAUUUCUCGGUUUAAGAACGACCUGGCGUCGUACAUCGCUGCAGUGACGGAGGAAAACUUCUAUCUGAAAAUGAGUAACGAUGGUUUUCGGAGAGAAUCGAAACAAGCUAUGAAUAUGUUGAGAGUUGUUCUAGAAGAUUGCGUUAGUUUGAAACUAGCGUUGAGCCAGAUAAAAUAUGCACAACUUUCAGCGGCUCCUUGUUUAGAACAAGGUACUGAAAGGCUAGCGCUUGCUGAAAAUCUGUCUUCGGAUAGCGCACAUCCUGAAAAUGAGACGCUAGAAGAUCGAGUUGCGUCUUUCCCUUACGGGAUUGAUUCAGUAAAGAACAAACUAGCUGAGAAAGAUCCUAAGUCUGCCAAUGUCGACGCUAAAGGCUUUGAAAACGGGCACGAUUGUGUCUUGCAACACGAGCUUAGUAGCUCACAAGACCCAGCAGCCUCACACGAAAAUUCUAGUAAUGAAAUCGACCUCUUUACGGCUGUCAGCAUGAAGUGCUUGCUGCAAAAAUAUUCUGCCAAUCGUGUGGCUAUGGAUGAACUCAGAGAUCAAGUCUGGCAUGUUCUCAUGGCUAUAUCAAGGUCGCCUGAAUUGUUCAAUGAAGAGCUGUUUGGACAAAAGUUUCUUCACUUGUGGGAGACUCGGUCUUUGCACUUUUUGCUUGACAGGAGCAAAACACUCGCUCAGUCCUACGCUUCUGCGGACUUCAAAACUGAGAUACUAGCAAAGACCAUGGUGUUCCCUGGUCGUGAUAGGUGGGAGUCCAACAUUUUUUACGUAAUGCCGAAAAGCUUGUCUAUUCGUCAUGGAGUCUCUCGGUCUGUUGCCUCCGCCAUUUCGCCUUUAAUAGGCUGUCUUGGAGGACCAUCGUCUGGCAAGAUGUUCCGAACUCGUCGCACUCAAACUGAUCAAGCGUCGUCGACUGAAAACAAACUCGUUCAAACCGAUGUCACAAGUGUUAAUGUCUGUUCAGCUGACACUCGCAAUAUCUCGCUCGAGAUUCCACUUCGUCGAACUUCAGUAGAAGGAACUAGUUGUGACGUAAGUAAUACGGAGAAUGCGUGCGCGAUCGUGGAUGACAUUCGUUGCUCUGCAGGAAUGGGCGCGAGUGUUGAUUCGCAAGGUAAACCACAUGAAGCUGCGUCCUUCGUCCAUGGAGACGUUCAAUGUCAAGAUCGUGUCGUGACAGGCGUUGAUUUGCCGCUAGCGCACUCGCCUGAAGAUCACAGUGUAGAAGCAUCCAUCCUUAAGAGUGGGGAGGAUUUACAAAAAGCAGGCGUUCUCGAGAGCAAUGAUCAAACAGAUGGGUUUUCUUCCCGUAAAAAUGUUCAAGGAGUCGAAGUUCCUGGCUUGUACAUCGAUGCAACUGGAGUACCUUCUGUUAGUGACGCCGCCUUUGAGACAUCUCCUGUCAAACGAACCAAUUGUGAUGAACAAGAGUCUAUUCCGUUGGAAAGCGCACCACUAAAACUAAUUCCAGCCCUAAGUCUUUGUACGAAGAGCGAAUUGUCAUGCUAUCAACAAGCAUGUCUGGCACAACUUGUUCAGCGAUCGUCACGCGCACUGCAACCUGAACCUCGAGCAGGAUAUGGAGAAGCUCAAGACAGUUUCAACGCAGAAGUUGUAUCGGUGCAGCCUUCAAAUAUUCCUGCAACUGAAAAUAAUCACUCUCAAGCUGCAGAUCUUGUUCGGCAGUCUGAUGGAAGCAAAUUCGUUGGACUCUGCACGAACUUGAGGGAAUUGAGCGUCCCACAAAAGGCAACUACGCACAGUGAAGAAGAAGCUAGUUUGUUUGCAUUUAGUUCUCCUGAGGAAGAAGUAAGCGGUAUGCGUGGUUUUAGUUCACGAUAUACUGGUAGCCGUGAAAAGGUACCCUUCAAUCUUUGGCGACACGGCGUUCGUAGGGCUCGAACCAGAUCGCUGCCGACAGCUUGCUCGUCCGAGGUUCGUGCGAUGGCCGAAGUCGAUUCUGAUCGAAGUCAAAAAGGGGACUUCUUGGCUUCCUCUUCCUGCAACCUUGUAAACCAUCAAUUCAUGGAUGCCGAUUCUAGACCCGCGACGCCGUAUCCUGUUUCAUCUCGUUCCCUUCUUCAGACACGUUCCUCGUCCAACCACCUACCGUCGCUGCUUCCUGAUGGACCGAAGAUCUCCGUGUUGCCUGAAGAGGAAAAUGCGUAUUCCCCAACGGCAUGGAACUCUUCGCCGAGCAGUGUGCGCAAAUUAUCUGGGGGCGCAGAAGCUCUAAGAACCGUUGGUGCCUACUCACCUGUGGGCGUCGUUACUGACUCAGCAAGAGCCAAACAAACUGUCAAGAUUUUUCCUGCGGAGGUGCCUGCGUUUAUCCCUCCGUUAUCUUCCUUGAACUAUGAGCCCAUUGCCUCUGCUACCAUCAACACGUCUGGCGUCGUUGGAAGUGAGGGCGAUACUGUGGCAUCGUCGAACGGUCCUUCUUACUUGACGAAGGAAAAAAGUUUCUUCUCAAAACCUAGCCAUGUCCUCAUAGAGGCCCUAGCCCCGAUGCACCCAUCGGGUUCGAGAGAUGCUGGGGACGAGGAUCUUCCUUUUCCGACACCGGAUGACGCCGCCGCCGCCGCCGCCGCCAUGAGCGGACGCGCCGAACGCCAUCGGACGACAUCUUUGGACGCCGUCUCGCCUGGUCCAUCAUCACCCAUCGUUGGUGGCGAAUUCAGUCUGCCUGCUGGUGUGAGAAGAGGAGCGGCGUUCUCUUCAAGAAUUGUAGACGUCAACGAGCUCAAAUAUUACCUCCUGCAGCACUUCCCUUGCGUUGACAGGGCUCGUCUCGAGUCGCUCCUAAAGGCAGUGCGGGAGGACUGCGCUGGUGGCUCCAUCUUAGGCAAAACUUUCGCUGAGAUUGCCGCGCUCUUCAGGGAAAAACUUUGUCACAGUAAAGGGUCCGAGGAGGGCAGCUGCUGCAUGAUCUGCGGGGGUCCCUAUGGCCGCAAGAAGACGUCAGUGCUCACCUGCUUCCACUGCUUCCAUGCCCAGUGUCUGCACCAUUGGAAGCAGAUCGAGAAUAGCUGCCCACUCUGCGCCGGUCCUCUGUCGUUCAUCACUUCUCCGUGAUGUCUCCUCUGAAUGAUGUCACGAUGGCUUCAUUUUUCAGAUUUCUUGCGUCUAACGGAAGAAAGUGUGGCUCCACAUUUCGGAUUUCUUGCGUCAACGGAAGAAAGUAUAGCUCCACUUUUCGGAUUUCUCGCGUCUAACAGAAGAAAGUCAUUUUUCCAGCAUGUCUUCUCUGUUAUAUUUUCAUUAUGACCUAGAGGAAAUGAACUAGUCUUGCUUUCAUUUAUAAGUUUUUUAAUAGGAGUUGAUGAUAGUUAGAAACCUGAAAAUAAAUCAAGGGAUGUUCUUCUCUGUAGGCAUUGCCUAUUUAAUUUCUGCAGUUUCCGUUAGCUCUGUAUUACCAUCAAUCACUGUACUGAACAAAAAUAACAUCCAUUUUUAUUCGUGAAAGCUCAUCUAAGUUUAUUCAGGUUCUUACAGGAAAAUUUAUUUAUAUAGGUUUUUUGAUAAAUUAGUACAUACGCAUCAUGUGCAAUGGUGGAGUAGAGGUUAGAAGUUCAAUUUACCCGAUCUUUCAUAGCGGUGCUAGAUUUUUAACAAGGAGAUUGAAUGUCGUAUUGACUACUACUUGAUGCUCCAAGUAAUACAACCUUUUCUUAUUUGCUCGUUAUGAAAAAGUUUUUAUUUGAUCGAUUAGGAAAUCUCACUUUUCAGGAGUCUCGAAUGUUCUCGAGAUUUCACAAUAAUUUCUAGUAUUUUUUUUUUGAACGUUCGUGGCGCCUGUUUUUUCAGGUAUUUGUAGUCACAUCCUUACUUUUCGAAUCGGAAAUUUGAAGUAAAGAAGUUUAAGUGGA